AUGAAGCUAAUAAUAGAAAGGCCCUCCAAUAUUCUCCUGCUCUUGAGUUUUCUGUUAGUGCAGUACUCAUGCAUGCUUCAGUUUGCCCAAUCUUCCACCACCAGCUUUACCGAUCAAGCAGCUCUCAUUGCCUUCAAAUCUAAACUCACUUCCGGUCCAAACCAAACUGUCUUGGCUGCUAAUUGGUCCACAGCUACAAACUUCUGCAAUUGGAAUGGCAUCUCAUGCAGCAGACGUAGGCAAAGAGUCACUGCCUUGAACAUUUCUUACAUGGGACUCCAAGGCAUCAUUUCUCCACAUAUUGGUAACCUCUCUUUCUUGGUUUAUCUCAAUCUACGCAACAAUAGCUUUUUUGGUUCUUUGCCCCAUGAGAUCAGUCGCCUACAUCGCUUGAGAAUACUCCAGCUCUCAUUCAACCAAUUGGAAGGUAAUAUCCCUCCAACUUUGCAUAAUUGCCGGAAUCUUCAACGAAUACUACUCGAGGGAAACCAUCUUACGGGUGCAAUUCCAUCAACCCUCGCCAACAUGUUAGCAUUAGAGGUGUUGGAUUUGCAAGACAAUAGCCUCACAGGAACUCUUCCAUUGGAUCUGUGCAGCCAUUGUCCUAAUCUUCAACAGCUUGGCCUUUCAAUCAACAAAUUCAGCGGUCAACUCCCUUCACAAAUGAACUACUGUAGAGAGCUUGUAGUCUUAUCCCUAUCAUACAAUAAAUUUGAUGGGAGUAUUCCAAAAGAGAACAACAUUCAAGGAAGCAUUCCGAGUGAUUUAUGGCGCCUUUCCAAUCUGGGACAAUUGCUUUUACAAGAUAAUUAUCUCACAGGGACAAUCCCCCAAAGCCUUUUCAACAUCUCCUCUCUACAAAUAAUCUCCUUGGUCAACAAUUCCCUAUAUGGCAAUCUUCCAUCAAAUUCUGAUUUUUCCUGCCCCAGUCUUGAAAGUCUAGCUUUUGGUAUCAACAAAUUUAGUGGUCUCAUCCCAUCGUAUCUUUCAAAUUGUUCCAAGCUCGCCGUAUUAGAUUUAAGUUCAAACAUACUCUCUGGACCAAUACCAAAAAGUCUUGGACAAUUGAAAUAUCUCCGAUUUCUUAAUCUGGAUGAGAAUCAACUAACAGGAGAACCUGGAGAUCAAGAGCUUAAUUUCCUUUCAUCUUUCUCUAAUUGUAGAGUUUUGGAAGACCUGUCCAUAUCCUACAAUCCCUUGGAUAUUAUUGUUCCGGAUUCUAUUGGAAACUUUUCAACCACCCUUCACACCUUUCUUUUAGUUGAAAGCAAAAUAAAGGGUCAUAUUCCUUUGAGUAUAGGUUUCUUAAAAAACUUGACCUGGCUUGGGUUGGGAAAUAACAAUUUGACUGGAAAUAUACCGUCCACAAUUGGGGGAUUGGAAGCAUUACAAAGAUUAGAACUUGGUGGUAAUAAAAUUGAAGGAUUCAUUCCAGAAGGCAUAUGUGAAUUAAAGAACUUGGGCGAGUUAAAUCUCUCACAUAACAAAAUCUCUGGAUCCAUUCCAAAUUGCAUUUCAAACCUCAAUCUUCUCCAAAAGCUAUUCCUAGAUUCUAAUAAAAUAGAAUCAUCAAUACCAAUAAAUUUAUGGAAACUUGAAACUCUAUUGUUUUUGGAUCUAUCAUCGAAUUUCCUGGGUGGAUAUUUGUCUCCAAACAUGAAAAAGUUGCAUACUAUUGAACACAUGGAUUUAUCUCGGAACAAAAUUAUUGGAAAUAUUCCAAGCAUCAUUGGAGCAUUUGAAAGCCUAAAUUAUUUGAAUUUGUCAAAGAACUCAUUUCAAGGAGAAAUCCCACAAUCUUUCAGAGACUUGAAAGGAUUGGAUAUCUUAGAUCUCUCUUACAAUGAUCUAUCUGGUGCAAUUCCUAAGUCUCUUGAGGCACUUUCAUAUCUCAAAUAUUUGAAUGUGUCAUUCAACAAGCUAUCUGGAGAGAUACCAUCUAGCGGGCCUUUUGCAAAUUUCACAGCUAAAUCAUUUUUAGGAAACAAAGCGCUUUGUGGGAAUCCAAUUUUUGGAGUUUUGCCUUGUCCAAGUCUGAGCUCCAAAGGAUCAAAGGUGAAACAGAGUUUGCUCAAAUAUUUUCUUCCUACCAUUGCUUCAAUUAUACUCUGUAUAGCAUUGGUCUAUAUGUUGAGAAGACAUCGAGAAAGUAAAAUACAGCUUCCAAGUUUAUUUAGUACAUUGUCUUUAUCAAAGCAUAGAAUGGUAUCAUAUCAAGAGCUUUGCCAAGGGACAAACAACUUUUGUGAAAGCAACUUGCUUGGAGAUGGAGGUUUUGGUUCUGUUUACAAAGGCGUGUUACUUGAUGGGACUGUUGUUGCUAUUAAAGUUCUAAAAUUGCAAUUGGCCGGUGCUUUCAAAAGUUUCGAUGCAGAAUGCAAGGCCUUACGGACAAUCCGACAUAGGAAUCUUGUUAAAGUCAUAAGUACAUGCUCCAACCCCGAGUUUAGAGCUUUAGUACUGCAAUACAUGUCGAACGGUAGCCUUGAAAGGUGGUUAUACUCUUAUAACUACUGCUUGAAUCUUCUUCAAAGAGUAAACAUUAUGGUUGAUGUUGCAUCGGCGUUGGAACAUCUCCACCACUGUCUAUCAGAAUCUGUGGUUCACUGUGAUUUGAAACCUACCAAUAUUCUUCUAGACGAGGACAUGGUUGCACAUGUGGGAGACUUUGGCAUUGCAAAGAUUUUGGCUGAAAACAAGGAUGCGACACAAACCAAAACUCUUGGUACACUGGGCUACAUUGCUCCAGAGUAUGGUUUUGAAGGAAAAGUCUCCAUCAAAGGCGAUGUUUAUAGCUAUGGUAUAACAUUGUUGGAGAUGAUCACAAGGAAGAAACCUACCGACAACAUGUUUGAAGUAGAAUUGACUAUGAGGCAAUGGAUAAAUGCAUCACUUCCUAACAGAAUGAUGGAAGUUGUGGAUGACGGUUUAUUGAGAACAGAAAAUGGAAGAGAUGUAACUACCAUGCAAAGUGUUCUAUCAUCCAUCAUAGAAUUAGGCUUAAGGUGUUCUGAAGAGUUACCAAAUGAAAGAGUCGAUAUCAAAGAUGUGCUUGUGAAACUUCAAAAAAUUAAACUGGCACUUUCUGAAAACAGAAAUCGGGGUAUCUGA